CUCGCUUCCUUCCCCUUCAUCCGAAGAGCCGCCAGCCAGGGGAACGGUGGACAUAGCAGCGAGUGACAGCCAGUCCACAUGGCUGGGGACACCAGGAUGGCCGGGAAGGUGGUGCUGCUCUUGUGGGCCCAGACCCUUGGCCUCGCUGGUGAGUCCUCAGGGGAUGCCAUGUCCCCAUCCCGCUGUCUCCAGACCUGUGGUGGCCCUGGCAGGCUGGUGUCCCCUGUCACCCACAGGUGCCCAGACCACCCAGCUCCUGGUGGAUCCUCCCUGGACACCAGCGGUGCUGUGGGACCAGGUGACACUGACCUGCCAGGGCUCUGGGACCACUGGUGCCACCACCUGGUAUAAGGAUGGGCAGUACUGGGGUCAGGAGGGACGCGACAACAUCACUGUCAUGGAAAGUGGCACCUACAUGUGUGACAGACCGGGCAGUGGGUGUAGCCCUUCCGUGAAAGUUUCAGAAGACAAGUUGGUGCUGCAGGUGCCGGCACGGGUACUGCUCCAGGGGGAAACGAUGACAAUGCGCUGCCGGUACAGGCAGGACAUAUCUGUCCAUGAGGUGUUCUUCUACCGUGAGGAGACAGAACUGGUGCGGAUCCACAAUGGGACCCAGUUGUCCCUGACCCCUCUGCAGCUAAACCACACCGGCUGCUACCACUGCAGGGUCUGGAUGAACUACGGGGUAUCACAGGGAUGGGAGAAGUCAGCGCUGGUGACAGUGACAGUGAACGGUGAGCACCUCACAGCUGCCACCCCAACACCCCCACAGCCCUUCCCCAGGGACUCGGGGUCACGGUGCCCACAGUCCCCCAUCUUUUGCCCUGAGCUCAUCCAGGUGCCGGUGGUGGGGGGCCCACAGGGGUCCCCAGAGCUGCUAUUGCCCGCCUUGAGGGUCUUCCACUCAGGGAAUUACAGCUGUGAGGUGCACUCUGAGGGUGGGUUGUGCGGAAGAGCAGUGCCUGGCUCUGCGUCAUGGUGUGCAGUGAGUGCGGGGAUGGGUACGGGGAGCCCCCACAGCCUCCUCAGAUCCCCUGCCUGGGUACCUCCGUGUCCUUCAGACACCUUUCUUGGAUGCCCCUGCCUCUGCCCUGUGUCCUCUCACCCCUCUAUCGUGUGACCGAAUCUAUGAUAUCCCCCAUUACACCCAUCCCCUCCGGUCCCUAUCCCCAUACCGGCUGCCAGCCUCUUCCUCCAGCCUCUGCCCUGUGUGUCUCCCCAGUGCCCGUGGCC